AUGGGGCCGCACAAGAAGCCAUGCGGUGUUGCGAUACUGAAGCGGUUCCUUGGAUUCGUCGGGCAGCCUCCUCGAGAAAGCUCCGGCACCAGGGCACCCAACGGGCAGAGCUCCUCCUCGUCUAGCACCGUCCCGGUUGACCGAUCGCUCGGCAGGAGCCAGACAACAACAACGACCAUGGAGGCUCACGACAGUCCGAUGGGUAUGUGGCUAACGCAGCCGUUCCAUCAGGAGCCAUACCACAACAUCGCCGCGGUGUCGGCGGACGGAUCGGCGGCGGGGCAGGCUGACGGACGUCAGGGGCCCGGGGCAUCGGCGACGUACGCCUCAUCCCGGCCGCAGCAGCAGCAGCAGCAGCAGCCGCGCUGA